AUGAUGACAUGAUGGCCCAGGGAGCGGGCCUGCGGACGCUGCUGGCCCCGCCGCCUCCCGCACGCCACGCCCCGGACAGGCCACCUCUCAGGCGGCGGCCGCGGCCACCCUCGCGUCUCUUCCUUCUGGUGCUUCUACUGGGGCUGCCGUGGCUGUGCUGGAGCGCCGCCGCGGCAGCCAGCCCGAAGUCUCUCAGGUUCCUAAGGGACUGGUACAAUGUUAGCAUCUACGAGAACUCGCUGCCCAGGACGCACGUGUCCGGGAAGGAGCUCAUGGGCGUGUCCCUCGAGAACCUGCCGCCCACCACCCACGUCACGUACACUAUAGCUGAAGGGGACACGCACGGCUUCUUCACGGCCGAGUCGGAGGUGGUUGGCGGCGUCGUGGUGCUGCACGUGAGGACAAAAACAGGGUUGCGGGACGUGCUGAACCGUGAGCGGCGGGAGCGGUACAACUUAGUGGUGGAGGCGCAGGCCCGCAGUGCCGUCCGCCGCGGUGCGCCCCUCAAGGCCAGGGCCAACGUGACGGUGCGGGUGCUAGAUACGAACGAUAACAUACCGUUGUUUUUUCCCACGUCGUACCAGGUGAGUGUGGACGAGGACGCCGCUCCUCUCCGUGACGGCCCACGACGCCGACGACGGAUAACAGUCCUCGCCCAGGACCGCGGGCCGCAGCCACCUAACACGCGGGCCUCCGCCGCGGCGCGAGCCACAGUGGAGGUCCAGGUGUACCAAGUCAACAUCCACGCGCCAAGAAUCUCGGUGCAGCAUCUGCCCCACGUGGUCGAGCACGCCCACACCCACAUAUACGCCAUCAUCAAGGUGGACGACGAGGACGAGGGCGAGAGUGGCCGCGUGGACCAGGUGGUCAUCGUGGCCGGGGACCCCGACAGGCUCUUCAGCGUCACACAGGUCCACGACAAGGAGUACAAUCUCUCGGUGCUCAAGCUGCUGGACCGCGAGCUGGCGCCAGAAGGCUACAACCUAACCAUCCAGGCCGUCGACUGUGGGACUCUCUCGCGCAGGACGAGAGUCAGCGUCCAAGUCAACAUUGCCGACGUCAACGACCACGCACCCGUGUUUGCGCAGGAGCAGUACGAGGAGGCGGUGAGCGAGGAGGCGCCGCCCCAAACCCCCGUCGUGCGGGUGGCCGCCUCGGACACGGACCAGGGCAUCAACGGCAGAGUGCUAUUUAGGAUCGUGGCAGGGAAUGAUGACGAAAAAUUCUCUAUAAACCCUCGCGCAGGCCUAAUUUCAACGGCUGACUGGCUGGACCAUGAGCUGACGGCCUACUACAGCCUGACGGUGGCGGCGGUGGACCAGGCCAGCAACGCCCACAGGAAACAGUCCUCGGCCAAGGUUAUAAUUCGAAUUCUUGACGCCAACGACAACGCGCCUCAGUUCAACACGCCCAACACGGAGGUGACGCUGGACGAGAAUGAGCCGACGGGGUCUUACGUCACACGCAUGGUCGCCACAGAUGCAGACUCGGGAGAGAAUCGCUUCCUGUCGUACAGUAUUGCCAAUCUGGACCAAGUUCCCUUCGUGAUUGACCCUUUCGACGGGACAGUGCGAACCUCCGCCGUGCUGGACUUUGAGGCCCAGCGAAGAAUCUACACCAUCAAAGUUCGUGCGUCGGACUGGGGCACGCCUUUCAAGAGGGAGACGGAGACAACAGUGAAGGUAAAGGUUCGUGACGUGAAUGACAACCGGCCGCAGUUUGUCGGCGUGGACUGCAGAGGUUGGGUUUCCGUGGACGCCCCAGUCGGCACCAGUGUCCUUGCUCUCUCGGCUGUGGACCUUGACAACGGAAGCAUCAUCAGCUACAGGCUACACAAUGACAUGGACGAAGAGUGCUGGUCCGUUGAGAGUUCGUCGGGUGUGCUGGCUCUCACGUGUGACCUCAGGAAAGUUGUGAUGCCCGGUGACCCACAUAAGACGUAUGUUCUCAAUGUGACGGCCACGGACGGUACCCACGUGUCUGACCCGACGAGUGUGACGGUCGCGGUGAUCACCAAACGCAAAGAUGGCCAGGCCGCCCUCAAGCAACACUCCCACGUCGAGUGUCACGAAACGGAUAUAGGAUCGAAGGCUGAGGAAGUGGAAGCGGCCGCGGCGGAGAACAACGCCGCCGAGGAACACUACGCCCUGUUGCCGCUGCGCUACGGCUUCAACUCCCACCCACCAGAGCUUCUAGAAAAGUUUCCCAGCAUCGUCAAGGUCCGCGAGGAUGCGAGUAUCGGCACCGAGCUGCUGACUGUGGCGGCGAAGGACCAUGACCGGGGCCACAACGGCCGUGUGGUGUACGCCGGCUCCAGCGGUGACACGGACUCGGUGUUCAAGAUAGGCUUUGAAACAGGGGUCUUGAAGGUGGUGGCUGAGCUUGAUCGCGAGAGGACGCCAGAGUAUUUCCUUAACAUUACUGUGUAUGACCUCGGCGUCCCGCACAGGAGUGUGUCAAGGAAUCUCACAGUCAAAGUGGUCGACGUGAAUGAUAACGCUCCUGAGUUUAAUCGUGUGAGCUACAGCCUCCACCUCCCCGAGAACACGCGGAACGGCACCAGCGUGGCUCAGAUCACUGCCCAGGACGCGGACGAGGGUCUGAACGCCCAGUUAACGUACGAGUUAGUGUCGGAUGUGGACGAGUUCACGGUUGACAGAACGACUGGCAUUGUGUACAUACUGGGCGGCCUGGACCGUGAGCGGCGGAGUGAGUAUGACCUGCGGGUGAGGGCGUGGGACGGCGCGCCCGAACACCCGCAGUCUGCUCUGUCCCGGCUCAUGGUGACGGUCCUGGACAUCAACGACUGUCCGCCAGACUUCGGUGCCGCCCGCAGCCUCAGGGUUGACAUCCCGGAGGACCUGCCGCUGGGCGCGGUGGUGGCGUCCCUGCAGGCCACCGACCCGGAUCUAGGCAUGGGCGGCCAGCUGACCUACAGCCUCGUCAGCGCCCACGAGUAUGUUUUUCGCAUCGACGAGAAAACCGGCGUCGUGCGCCUCGCCCAGCCGCUGGACUUUGAGGCGCGGCAGUCCUACAACGUGACGGUCCGGGCCCAGGACGGCGGCAAUCCCGCCCUGAGCGCUGACGCCAGCCUCUUCGUCCAAGUCCACGACGUGGAUGAAAACUUGGGUCCCCGAUGUUCCCCAGCGCGUGCUGCGGGCCUGGGUCAGGAGAACCUGCCCCCGGCGCUGAGGUCAUCACGUUGGAGGUCAGGACCACGACAUUGA